UCUCACAGAAGGAUUUAAGAGUCAGAGGGAGGAGGAGGAAGGUGUGGACCCUGAAGAUGAGAAGCAGGAGAGCAGUGCCAAAGAGGGGGCUCUGAAGAUCACACUGCAUGUCCUGAGGAACAUGAACCAGAAGGAUCUUGCUGACACACUGGAGAAAAAUGAGCUUGCUGUGAUUUACCAACAUGAUCUCAAAUCUAACCUGAAGAAGAAGUGUCAGUGCUUAUUUGAGGGUAUCGCUAAACAAGGGAACCCAACACUUCUCAAUAAGAUCUACACAGAGCUCUACAUCACAGAGGGUGGAAGUGGAGGAGUCAAUAAUGAACACGAGGUGAGACAGAUUGAGACAACAACCAGGAAACAAACAAGACCAGAGACAGCAAUCAAAUGUAAUGACAUCUUCAAACCCCUACCUGGACAAGACAAACUUAUCAGAACUGUGAUGACAAAGGGAGUCGCUGGAAUUGGAAAAACAGUUUCUGUGCAGAAGUUCAUUCUGGACUGGGCUGAAGGAAAAGCCAAUCAGGAUGUCCAAUUUGUAUUUCCCCUCCCUUUUAGGGAGUUGAAUUUAAUGAAAGGGGAUGAACUCAGUAUGAUUCAACUCAUCAAUCAUUUCUCAGUUGAAACCAAAAAAGCAAGAAUCUCUAACUACAACAAAUACAAAGUUGUGUUCAUCUUUGAUGGUCUGGAUGAGUGUCGACUGCCCCUUGACUUCAAGAACAAUAAGAGCUGUUGUGAUGUCACAGAGUCAACCUCAGUGGAUGUGCUGCUGACAAACCUCAUCAAGGGAAAUCUGCUUCGCUCUGCUCUCCUCUGGAUAACUAGCAGACCUGCAGCAGCCAAUCAGAUCCCUUCAGGGUGUGUUGACCUGGUGACAGAGGUGAGAGGGUUCAAUGACACACAGAAAGAGGAGUAUUUCAGGAAGAGAUUCAGUGAUGAGGACCUGGCCAGCAGAAUCAUCUCACACAUAAAGACAUCAAGGAGCCUCCACAUCAUGUGUCACAUACCAGUCUUCUGUUGGAUCGUUGCUACAAUUCUUGAGUACAUGUUGACUACAGAUGAUAAAGUAGAGCUGCCCAAGACCCUAACAGACAUGUACUCACACUUCCUUGUGUUUCAGUCCAAACACAGGAAUGUAAAGUAUGAUGGGAAAAAAGAGACAGAUCCACACUGGAAGAAGACCUGA